AUGGCCGUUUGUGGAAACACCAGACGCAACCUCCAGCAGCGGAAUCCUAGGACCAGUGACUGGUCAAGCAGCGCUACCUACCGGAUGAGCCUACCGGACGAGUGGCUUGAUGUUGUGGCCCUGCGACAGAGAGGUCUGGCAUCACAACGGUGGGUGGUGCGUUAUGCUUGA